GAAAACUUGCGAAAGGAAUUGGCCAGUGCAACAAGGCGCAUUGCAGAUUUUCAAGAAACUUUGGCAAGCCGAGAGCGUGAGCAUCAGACUGCUCUGGAUCACGCAGCGUGCGAACAGCGCCGAUUGACGGAACUCCGUACUGACCUCGAGAACAGCUUAGAGCUCGCCAAUGCUGAUAUUGGUCAGCUCAAGUCUGCUCUCAGUGGAGCUGAGGGUCGUGUGGUUGCCCUGGAGAUACACCUUUCAAAUGUAGAGGCAUCUCGUCGAGAUGCUGAACAGCGUCUAGCUUCCAUACACAGCUCAUUGCGUCGGAUAAUUGGUUUCCGGCAGGAGGCAAUUCUGGUAGGCUCCAAUGUCUCGCUUCGCAAAGGCACUACUUCAACCUCUAGAUCGCCCAUUCGAACGGCCGGCAGAAGUAGAAACACUUCUCCCUCAAAAGGAUUUGAAACAACUUGUCCAAAUGGUAGCAUCAUCUGCCGAGCCUCAUCGCCUAGCCUAUGUGAAAACCGAGUCACCCAUGAUGUAGCGCCGCUUCACUCAAAUGCAUCGGCCGCCUUGACUCCCGGUAGUACAGUAAUCUUGCCAGGUCCCCAGCAAUCUAAUUUGAUCCCGAGUAGUGUCAGCGUCCCAACAACAUCAGUGAGUAUAGCGGCCGAUCUCAAUCCGGAAGCAGUUCGUCUGGCUCUGCGUGAAGUGGUACAGCAGUUGGUGAGUUUGGAGCGGGAGCGAGAAGAUGCUGCCGCCCAGGUGCGCUCAUUGGAAACGCGGCUUGCUGAACAGGUUGAGCAGACAGAAAACUGCUCUCGCCGUCUCCAACAGGCCCAACAGGCUUUGUGCGAAAUCGAAGAAGGUAUGAAGACUAAGAUGGUGUGGGCUUUAGUAUGGUCGCGGUCUCCUUACGCAACUUUGUCAUAUUGGCAGGAAGACAUAGAGGAACGCACUUCGUCCGAAGUCCAUAGUAUAAAUGAUAAUUUCCAGAGUCGGACCGUGGACUUGGCACCUUCCCAGAUAUUUCGCCAGCAUCGUCAGUUUCUUUCGGUCAUAAUAAUGAUAGCCUCUCGUAUCCUGCCUCUUCUUGUAUUUACACCAUAUGCAGCCGGCCUUUCUGUCGAUUUCCGGUCGAUUUUUUGUCCCUUUGGUCCAAUGUAUUCCACUAUUUCGGAUCCUUCAGUGUUCAUGUUUCUGCAGAGUCUUUGGUGUUCCUUGAUUCGUAGGCCGAUUCUUCUUACUGUUUAA